CGUUGACUGAGCAUGUGUUUCUCUUUUUUGCAUUACCAUUCGUGUUCUUUUUCAUUGUUCCAGGUUGAUCUCCUAUUUCAAUAGUCGCCGGUAUAAUUGCAUCAAUUUUAAGGAGUUGUAAUCACAACAAAAGAUUCUCUGCGUACUUAAAGUUAAAGACAAAGACAAAAACUAGAGACAAAAUGCCGGAAACUGCUAUCAUGACACCGCGUCUGGACAAGGAUGACGAGCGAGUUGUGCGCAUGCUCAAGCUCGAUUCCGAGUACAUGGACUUGGAAAAGGAGUACAUGCGAAAAGUCGCCCAACUUCAACUGGAGUACACGAAAAAGCAAGAGCCAUUGUUGCAGAAGCGCAUGGAAGAAGCUGGUAGAAGAGCUUACAUGUGUGUGAUGAUUAAGGCUCAACUUUCAUUGGUCACAGGGGCUGGCCACUGAGUUCGAAGAGGGCCCACCCUUAGAGAACAGGGGAAAACAAAGCGGAAACAGGGAGAGGGGUGUGGGGCCCUUCCCGUUCAGAAUCAGUGGCCGCUGUGUGUCGACCUUUAAGAUGAGCUGAGUCAUUUUUGUCUUCUUGGUGCUGCGACAGGUGGUUGUACACCAUCAUGAGAGAGGUCGUCCUAGUCGAAUUCGAUUUUUAUGACCCUACUUAGUCGUGUCUCAUUUUCCAAUUCAGAUGAAUCAACCCAAAAUAAACAACAGGUGAGGUCGAAGACUUCUGGUUGCACGUAUUGAGAUCACAUCCUAUCUUGGCGGACGAGAUCCAAGAGUGGGAUGUUCCAAUCCUCAAGAAGCUCCGCGACAUUAGAACAGAGGAAAUUGAAGAUUCCGAUGGCUUGGGGUGCAGUGGUAAAAAUUUAGUUAACAUGAUUUUUCUUGUUUGUCUUUGUUGAAAGAUCGUUUCUUGAAUUCUAAGACUCUACUCGAGAUUGUUUGUCUUUGUUGAUCAUGAACGACUGCACAGCGACCACAGCAAUUCUUGUACUCGUUGUAGGCAUCCUGCUUUUUUGCCAUCACCUCCAUCCACUUUCAGGUUACAAGGUCAUCUUCGAGUUUGAAGACAACGAGUAUUUGGUCGAAAACACGCUUACCAAGUUUAUCGAGACUGAAUUUUUGUCCGAGCAUUUGACAGAAGUUGCAUGCAAAAGCAUAAGGAUGGAAUCCGACAUCCAAUGGAAAAUUGGUAAUGAUCAUGUUCAUGGUUUUUUAUCUUGCUCUUGCUUAUGCAACAGCUUGUUCUACUUUUUGAGCUUGACGAGUUUGUUAUCAUCAGACUGAUGAAUUUUAAUCGUCUCGAUCUCCUAGAUGGAAUACAGCACUCCCAGUACAAAAAUUCUUGAUCAUCACAUCCUUUUCAUCCCCACACACACACACACUCACACAAGAACAACUUCCAUCACCAUAUUAGGCAAAGACCCCACCGUCGAGUGGAAAAAGCCAAAGGCUGGCAAGAACAAGAAGGGAAAAGCGGCAGUCCCGAAGAAGGAAGCUAGAGAUUCAUUCUUUCGAUCCAUGUUUAGAACGAUUGACGUCCAAAACUUAGACGAAAUCAAGGAUCUGCUGUUGAAGGCCGUUAGGGAGAUGGGGUAUUCAUUUGGAUUUGGUUGAGUUGGUCAAGAUGUAGGUUACGGUAUAGAUACUAGAAGUUGUCGAAAAUAAUGGUUUUUUACAUCACGAGGUUGUAUGGAUCCACCUCUUUACAUGUUGCAUUUACUACUUCUCUUCAUGAUGAAUCAUCGUACUUGUCGUAUCUUCAUCACAACUACACUGAAUCUGAAUCUUCUUUAACUACUUCCAAUACCAAAAAUUCAGCGCCGACCCAGAGGAGUGCGACGACGAGGAGGCUCUUGAGGAGAUGUACGAAGAGGCGAUCGAGAAAGUGCAAGAUGACGCCUUCGAGAUCGCUAACGUGCUCAAAAACAACAUCAUCCCUCAUGCAGUGAAGUUCUACACUGGUGAAGCUCUUCCGGACGACAGUGAUGCAGAAGAUGAGGACGACGAAGAUGAGGACGACGAGGACGAGGAUGAAGAUGAGGACAGCGAGGAAGGCGAAGACGCCAGCGAGGACGAAAAGAAGCACGCAAGCCCGCCAAAGGACCUCUUCACAAAGAGUGGAGCGGACCAGAAGAAAAACGCUGAGGAUUGCAAGCAGCAGUAAGCGUAUGCGUAGCGAAGCUCGUGAUGACUUCGACGAAACGCAAAUAGUUUCGUGGUCAUUGUGGAGAACGAAUGAAAGUGCCAGCUGCUGCAGCCGGGACCGGGUAUGAAAAAACUACGAGAACGAAAUUGACAAACUUAUAUCAAGGAAAGCUAAAGCUAAGCCAAAACCUAAAUGUACUCCCGCUACAAUACUCAUCUUUCUACGUGAUUACACCAAAUAUAAUGAGAAGACGAUGAAGUCUACUUGAAUUGCAUGUUGAUCGACAUUGAUGUACCUGAUUCUGCAUCGUAAUAUAGCCGACGUAACUUACAAGGAUUUUUUCGUCAAGCAAGCAUGGCCUUUUUAUAUCGCUCCCUGUCGACAUUUCUGAAUGGAUAUGAUGAAGCAGAAGCAUCCGCCUGAUGUGGAUCCCACUUCCUGCCGCCAGCAGGAGGAUGAUGCUGAUGGGAUAGAAGUUUGAAUUUCGUAAUGGAUUUGCGGCUUUUGCUACAUCCG